AGGUGUUUGGCAUAAUGAAUAAAUCCCAAAUAACUUCAAGUAUUUUUCUUUCUUUGAUACUCAUCGUUUCGGUUGUAUUAAACACAACAGCUAGUUAUAUUAUGUUGUUUAAAGUAAAGAAAAAAGAACUGAUGCAUUUAUUUAUCAUCAGUCUCUCAACAACAAACUUGCUGGAAUCUAUUGUUGGAAUAACACCUCAGAUAAUAUUUUCAGAGCAAUCAUUAUUGAGAAAAACUCCACUGUGCAUAUUCAGCGGUUUUGCAGUUUUUGGAUUUGCUGUAACAAGUAUAACUCACAUGUCAGCAUUUUCUUUGAUUAGAACUGUCAUUGUAAAGUACCCAAUUUAUUAUUUUCAAAGGUACAAAGCGUUUCAUUAUAAAGCAGCGUUGAUUUUAAGUUGUUAUGUUUAUGGUUUUAGUUGGGCAACGUUUCCUUUUAUUGGUUGGUCAAAAUACGAAGUAGAUCUCGAUAAAAAACGCUGUUCAUUAGAUUGGAAGUUGAGUCAAUCCGAGUCUCCAUCUUUUUUUCUUGCAAUUUUAAUCUUCUGCAAUAUUUUGCCUGGAACUGUAAUAGCAUUAGGGUUAUACUUCAGCACAAAGAUAAUUCAUCGUCGAAAAGCUUGCAAAACUCGCCAGGAUAAAAAUAAAACACUAGAUAUUUUAGAAAUGGAGUAUUUAAAAGUAAAUUUUUUAUCAGCCAUAUUAUAUUUUGUCAUUUGGACACCCUAUGCAAUAGUUAGCAUUUUGACAUUGCUAAAAAUCACCGUUCCAGCUUAUUUAGUGACAGUCUCGGCUUUGUUUUCGAAACUAUCUACCAUUUCUAAUGUUCUUAUUAAUUGCUUCAUUAAUAAGUCUUUUCAAAAGCAUUUGCUUAAUUUAAGAUUGAUUCGGUUUUUGGCUAAUACAAAUUUUAAAAGACGCUUGAAGAACCAUUCUUCAACCAGCUGCCAUUUUUUUAAGUUAGAACAAAAAUAAUGUUUAACUUUUGCAACUUUAGAUCCACAAUAAUUAUAAACUUAUAAUAUAGAUUUAUACAAUAAAAGUGAACUACAUUUUAAACAUUACUCCAAAUUUUUUGUAUAUAGUGUAGGUAUUUAAUUAAAAAAUAAUUUUUUAUGAACACUUUAAGAGCACAAU